UUUUUUUUACAUUUCAUUCUGACUAGACAUAAACAAUGGCUAGUCCAUUCUCUCAUACACAACCACCAUCUUCUUCAAGGUGGAUGUCUGUGGGACCUCAUUGGUAUUCUGUCAAACAAACGAGGUCUAGUUCCGGUGUCUCUAGUCCAACAACUUCUUCUAGCACUACUACAACAACAACUACAACAACAACAGCUGCUCCAGUCCUUGGUACAUUAGCAACGAUGCAACAGGGUGUGCAUUCAUCUUUUCUGAAUGCAAUCUCUCGACCCGACUUGAACACACAUGAAAACCUUAAAAAAAAUGCUCUCAACCAGCCCAAGGUUGCGGUCCCAUCUUGUUCCUGUCCAUCCUAUGCUGCAUCCUCGUUGGUUCCUUCCAUCUUUGGUCAGGCGGGCUAUCCCAAUGGGACCCAUGACCAGCGAUGUCCUGUUCUGUCUUUACAGAAGCAACAGCUACCGUCUCAACAACAGCAACAGCAACAACAACAACAACAACAACAACAAGAGCAGCAUCUACAUCAACACUUUACUCAUCAAGGAACACCGCCCUAUUUGCUCUCUGAACAGGAACGACAACAGCAGCUUUUUAUGCAGCAACAAGAUUUGAUGCAACGGCUUCAUAUCAUGCCUGGGAGCCCGAUUCGACCAUGGUACCCGACCUUUGGACCAGCUCAAACCACCUCGUGUAGUAACAACAAGAUCUUGCUUCACAGCCCUCGUUCCUAUAAUAAUAGCAAUAAUAGCAAUAACAACAACAACAACAACAACAACAACAGUAAUAAUAAUAAGCAACCUGUAGGACCUCAUUGGAAAUCAGUCCACUCAAACGCGUCCUCUUCUAGUUCACCUACACCUACACCUACACCUACGGCCACAUCUACACCCACGCCUAUGCCCACACCUACAUCAUCACCUUCUCCAUGUUUCCCACAGUCUCCUUCACUUUUACACUCUAUAAGCAAUCCUUUUGAAGCCAAGGAGGAUCAUCCAAAUCAUCAUCUUCAUCCUUUCCAGCAACAGCAGGAGUAUCAAUAUCCUGAUCAAAAAACAGCAUUCACUUCGUCCUCAACCCUGACUCUGACCUCCUUAAGUUGUGAUACAACCACACUAAGUCCACCUCCAUCACCAUCAGCCUCAUCGCUGAUUUCAUCGUCUUCGAGCGUUGUCUCAUCUAUAGGACCCAUGAACCUCUUGAUAUCAUCAUCGUCAUCGUCAUCAAAUCGGACCGAGUCUGAUCAAGAUAUGAUGGAGGUGAGAGGACCAUUUACACCAACGAGCCCGCAGGAUGUUCAGAAGGUUCUUUCUAAUACGAGUAGUAAUCCAUGGAGUUCAAGUAGUCCUACAGAAUCCAAUAGUCGCCAUCAUCAUCAGCAAUUUCAGAAAAUGGCUUUUUCAGGUGGAGAUGCUGUUGGGGAAUCCUCUUUUAGCCGGAAUAUGAAACGCAAGGCCACAUGGCAAGACGAGGAUGUGUCAACUGAUCCUGUGAUGUCUCUUCCACCACAGUUUGUAUCAGACGUAUCAGCAAAUGCGAGCUUUGAAACAGGCGUUGAAAUAUCUACCCUGCCGACCCAUCAGUACGUUUCACUUGAGUCUGAUGGACAUUGUAAUAACCAGCAGAAUGUACAUGUGCUUCAGAGAUCUCACUUCGAUAUGGACAUGACACCUGUGAUGGAUCAAGAUCAAGGUCAAUCGACCGUGCAUGCAAUGUCGGGUAUGGGAUCAUCAUUGACAGGGAGUGCUCAUGAGCAAAUGAUGUCGAUGAGCAUGGAUGUCAGUACUUUUGAUAGUGUAGAUCAGGAUGAUCUUGAGGCAGAAGAAAGAGAAAAGGAAAAGGAAAAGGAAAAGGAAAAGGAAAAGGAAAAAGAAAAAGAAAAAGAAGCGGUAGACGAGGCAGGUGUGCUUGCGAAGCGUACGAAGCUACGGUUUGAAUUGAGUGCGAUUCGGGAUGCAGAGCUUGCGGAGAUUGAGACGAGACGACAUGAGACUGGACAGGUUGCUCUGGAUAUCUUUCAACAGUGUUUCUAUAACGCAGCAGCGGCAUCGCGGUAGAAGACUGAUCUGUGUUUACAAAGUUAUUUUAUUUCUUAUAUUUAUCUAUUUUAUAUAAUUUAUUUAUUUAUUUAUUUUAUAUCUUAACUUAUUUAUUUUAACUCUUGUCUUAUAAUUGUAACACUAAAGGAAAAAGAAAAAGAAAAGAAAAAGUUCAUUGUUAC